GGCCACUUUCGUCGAGACCAUGCUCCCUCCAAAAUCCGGCCGGUGUGACCCUUUCCCGCCACUUCAAUCAUGCAGGUAGGUGCCGUGAGGUUAUUCCAUUUCUUUCUCGGUUGCGGCUGCCCUGGUACGGCUACACAGCCAAAAUUAUGUCACUUUACCGCUUAUCCUGGGCUCCUGCCCUCUGGGUAACGACCAGGCAUUCCCUUAAAUCGCUCCCUGUCUGCAGUGGGUACUUUGCCAUGUAAUUCCUCCACAGUUGACCACCGCCUAGAGACAGGCUCAGAAGAGACCGUGUCCCUUCCCCGAUCGCGGUGAAAUGACAAGGUCCAAGCCGUCAUCCUUCCCGACCGUCUUCCUGUCGUCUCUGGCACCCGACGACAGGAAGGCGAUGGAACGAGCAGCAUCCAUUCUCCAGAUACCUGUAGUCGACCUCGUGGCGUCUCCUCCCAGGUCCGACGGUGGCGGACUGCAGUCCCAACAGCAGUCGGUUGGUUCACGGGCGAUAGACCUCGACCACAACGAUUACAGAAGCGAUUCAACCGGAGACGAGCAGUCCAACGAUAACAAUGAAAGCAAUUCAGACGAAGAUGUUACCCCAUGGCAGUCCGCUGUGGCUGAGUUUAACGACGCUGACGAUGAUAUUGCUGGGCGCUACGACGCUGGGGACCCCUGGAUGAACGACUUUCCGCUUCUCUCUCCAGAGGCGAUACUGACCCAGCAUCCCAGCGAAAACACAUCGUCCGCGUCCCCUGGACGUCCGCAACGGGUGUCAUUAAAUAUCCCUCAGAACAGUGUGCAGAGUCACUUACAAGCUGGGUUGAGUCCCCUUUCACACCAUGUGUCGUCUUUCGUCUAUGACAGUCACGGGCUGGAUUCAAUGGCUCCGGAAAAAGGUGCCUUGAACCCCAAAUACCACUCUUGGGAGAUUAUAGAGAGCUUUUCAGGUCCUCAGCCUUCCAAUCCGGUCCAACUGGACACUGGACAGUCUGACUGGGCUGUGGUAGGGAGACCUGGUGAGCAAGUCCUUGUCUCUCCUCGCGGUCACAACUACGGGGAUGCUGUGCGCUUUGUGCCUGUGAAUCCACUUCAGCCACAAGCUCCCUCUCGACAACGCCGAGGGCCGUUCAAAAACCGCGAGCGCCAGGAAGAGACCAGCAGAACUCGAGAUCUAAAGGCCUGCGUACGGUGCCGCAUGCAGAAGAUUAGAUGCACAAUCAUUGCGGAAAACCCGGGAGGUAUUUGUGGUACUUGCUUGGACGUGUCUAAGCAAAAGGUCCAUUAUCUGCCAUGUCUCCGGUAUCGACUCACUGAAUGCACGCUCUACAGAACAGGAAAAGCGCCCGGACUCGAAUUCACCUUCCGAUGGCCAGUAAUGAAACUCAAAGAUAUCUCUGACUGGGCAUCCCCACAACUGAGGACUAUACUUGUCCAGUCAGAUAUCUGUGAAGUGCCUCUAAAAUUGGUCGUCCGCGAGUUUGUCCCCAUCCCUCACAAGGACGAGAUGCAUCGAUCAUGGAUGGACCAGAAGAGGGGCAUCAAAAAGUUCAAGAAAACCACCCCCUAUGCCAUAGCCAAUAUGCGAAAUGCGGUUGAGGACAUGAGGGAAUACGUUACGGCAAACAUUUUCAAGUGCGUCGACUUCUUUCUGCAAGGGAGUGAUACCCUGGUCAAGGAGACAUACCAGUUUGCAAGAAAGCACAUGCAAAGGGUUGAGUCUGACGAAGAGAGGAAGUUGCUGGGGAACUUUUUCCGGCUCUGGUUUGCCAUCCGUCGAACGGCAACCACAGAGCACAUCGUUGGUGAAGACACCCUUGACAUGAACCCUGAGACCGACGAUAGGUCAUACCCUCUCUUUGGAAAAGUCCCCUUGCCAUCUGUCAUGAUUCAGCAGUUGGACAUGAUCCUGACUUUGGGGAUUCUCGAUCCCUUAAGAAAACAAGUCCUGGAGGACUUCCAGAAACUGGCUCUGGUGACGAAUCCCAGGAACUGGAUGACCAUUUAUCUUAUAACAUUCAUGUCACUCCACAGUUGUGCCAAGAUCACAGAUGAGAACUACCGCAACGCUCGAAAGCACGGCCUCCUGCGGAGAUAUGCCAUCCCCAAUUUCGUCGCGGAACGCCACCACAGCGCCAAUGUAUUUCUCUCACAUUACCACUACCGGACCGAGUCGUGCAACCCGUUCAAACAGGACUGGAAAAGACGGCACACGACACCAUUCGCACACAUGUCUGUGGAAGAAAUUCAGUUCUUGGAGCGCACCAAAGCCUUACUGCAGGAGAGAGAGCCUAUAAUCAAGACUAACAAUGAACAUGACUUGUACGAACAUGAGCUUUACUUCAUUUCGCAGAUGUUUGAGGAGAACUGGCAACCUCGCGAAACAACUAUUGACUACGUUGACGGGACUGUCAACAACGUCGGUCUCAAGCGUUACGCCGAAGGGGCGGAAGCGCAAAAAGUAUGACGAAACAUGCAUGUCACCGGUGUUUGCUGAUUUCAAGCUAGGAAGUUGGAAGGGAAAGCCUAAGGUAGUUGGGUAACCGCAUCGUGGAAACACGAACCCUUCUGCGCGUGCCUAUACUUCGGGUAAGGGGCUUUGGCAGAAUUUACGCUGGGUGCUGUAUAUAUUCGAAGAGAAGCACUUCCCUUCGAGGCUCAUGAUUUGGAGUCCUUCGACUUCUGGGCAACAGGCCGAGGGUUUUAUCCACCUCUUAGCCCUAGCUUAGCAGAUACUUACCACCUACCGUACCUACCUUAGACAACUUUUUGAAGGACACUGACUACCUACGUGAGAGAGCAAAAGGGUCUUUCAAGCAGAUCAUGUAUCGAGCCCUCAUGCAAUUAGUCUGAUGAGAGUUGAUCUCACGCCCGCUCAUUUGAGCCUCUC